UGCUAGAUCUGAGCCGACCUGUUCCGACUUUGUUGUGCACGGUAGGUGGGGAGGAUGGCUGGCCAGUUUGCCAAGCCAAGGUCCGAACCGUUGGAGGAGAGGGAUGGCGUCAAGCUGCCAAGCUAUAGGGGCGACAACGUCAACGGCGACGACUUCACCGAGAAGAGUCGCGUGCCAGACCCGCAGAGGAUGAUCCGCGCCUACUCGCAGUCGGUGGCGACGCUCAACCUGCUCCGCGCGUUGGCGACCGGAGGUUACGCUGCCAUGCAGCGCGUCACACAGUGGAACCUCGAUUUCAUGGAUCACAGUGAGCAAGGUGAUAGGUACCGCGAAUUGGCCCAUAGGGUGGAUGAGGCUCUUGGGUUCAUGACUGAGCAGGGCUUACAGUUGACCACUGACGACUACUGACUUCUGGACCUCGCAUGAGUGCCUUCUCUUACCCUACAAGCAGUCUCUUACCCGUAAAGACUCCACCAGUGGCCUUUUCUACGAUUGUUCAGCCCACAUGUUGUGGGUUGGUGAGCGCACUCGUCAACUCGAUGGAGCGCAUGUUGAAUUCCUUUGUGGUGUUGCCAACCCUCUUGGC